AUGGCAAAAUUUGAUUUAACGAAUGCUCAAUUUGAAGAAAUCGAUAAAAAUCGAGAUGGAAUUAUUGAUAAAAAGGAAUUUCACAAAUGGGCUCCAGGUGCUGAAGGCCAGCCUUAUUCAUCAUAUAAAUCAUCAACCAGUAGAUUUUAUCGUAAUAGUUAUAGUACAAGUCGAUUUAAUGAAAAUAAAUAUAGAACUAAUUAUACAAAUGCUUCGGAAUAUAUGGCUGAUGAAUAUGCUUCAUAUGGAACUACAGCAGUAGCUAGUGAUCGGAUUAAUGAUAAAGUGAUUCAUACAAGUAGUCCAGAAGAAACGGAUGAAUAUCUUAAAAAAAUAGCUAAUAUUUACAAGGAUCCCAAUCCACAAAUUAUUCGACGAACAAUCGAACGUCCAGUAAUGCAUGAACAACGCGUUUUUCUUCGAUAUCUUCGACCACCUGUUCCAGAACCAGGAACGCUCACUAUUAAAGAAGUGCGUCCACUCCAGCCACGACCGCUUUCACCACUUAUUAUACGUGAACAAUCAGCAGCUCGUUCUUCACCACCUCCACUUAUCUUACGUGAACGGCCACCAACACCACCGCCACCUGUUCCCGAUGAAAUAAUUACUCACCGUUUACCUACUUCACCUGUUCAAUCACGAUCAGUUAUCAUCGAACGUUUUCCAUCUCCUCCAGAAAAACCACGUAAAAGAAUUAUCUUCAGUUUUCUUUUUGCAUUUUUUUGGGAAGUAUCUAUGUACACAUAUGUGUACAUAGCCAAGUGA